AUGGCAGCUCUCAACUUUACCGCCUUUGACUCUUCCACAUUCCUCCUAAUGGGCAUCCCUGGCCUGGAAGCUUCUCACAUCUGGAUUUCCAUUCCUUUCUUUAUGUGCUAUGUUAUCAGCUUGUUGGGAAAUCUAAUGGUUCUUUUGAUGAUAGGCAAAGAGCAGACCCUGCACAAGCCGAUGUACCUGCUGCUUUGCAUGCUGGCAUUGGCAGACAUUGCCACUUCUACGUUCAUCGUGCCGAAGGCCCUGAGCAUAUUUUGGUUCAGUUGGAAAGGCAUUACUAUGGCUGGAUGCCUCACCCAGAUGUUUUUCCUGAACAUGGUUUUGGUUACACAAUCGGCUGUCCUCAUGGCAAUGGCCUUUGAUCGCUACGUGGCCAUAUGUAUCCCUCUGAGAUACACCAUCAUCCUCACCAAUGCACAAAUAGGGAAGGUGGGACUAGUGGGUUUGAUAAGAGCUGUUCUCUUCAUUCUGCCCAUGCCCCUGCUCCUGGGUGGGCAGCCGUUCUGUGCCAGCCACCUUAUCCCCCACACCUACUGUGAGAACAUGGCUGUGGCAAAACUCUCUUGUGGUGACAUCACAGUUAUCAGGAUACACACUUUGGUGGUAACAAUUGUAAUCAUGGGGUUAGACCUGACACUCAUUGCUCUGUCCUAUGGUCUGAUCCUCAGGGCUGUCUUCAGAAUCUCCUCCAAAGAAGCCCACCUAAAAUCCCUCAACACCUGUACAGCCCACCUCUGUGUGCUGCUGUUAUAUUGUACCCCCAGCCUCUUUUCCAACAUGGCACACCGGUUUGGUCAGGGCAUCGCUCCUCACAUUCACAUAGUGUUGGCCAAUCUCUAUCUCCUUGUUCCCUCCAUGCUCAAUCCCAUCAUCUAUGGGGUAAAAACCAAAGAACUUCGAGACAAAGUCAUCAAAUACAUUUGCAGUCUGUGA